AAUUGAAUAGUCUAUGGAGCGAUGGCUGUCAUCGAGUUUUAUUUUACUAUCAUAGAAAAUAAGAAGAGAAGCUUUGAGUGCACAUAAAAUGAACAUAUUUUCGUGAAUCAUGUACAUGUUUUACAACUUCCCUUUAGGUAUAAGUGAAAUAAUCAUAUAUCUGUAUUUAGAACCAUUAGUGAUGUUUAGUGAAAAAGCUUGUUAAGUUCCGACGAUGGCGUCCGAUGGUGAAAUUUCGUGUGCGAAUGAUCCUAAUUUCGCUGUUAUUUACUCAUUUUUGAAAACAUUUGGCAAACUGUACGGCUUAGAGGUUCCUACGAUAUCUAAAUUACAAGAACUCAUAGAGAAUACACAAGAAGUGUUGGAUCCAUUGAAGGAGUUACACUUGAGACUUCUGCGCCGUGCUCACAAAACGGUGGCUAGCAACAGAUGGGAGAGGUUUAUGAUAAAGUUUUGCCAUCAACAAGGUCAUCAUCAGGAAGCCUGGGAGAUCGAGAGGUUUUCUUACAAGAAAGCUAGCACUCAGGUCAAAUUGAAAGUAUUAAAGUUGUUACUAGAGUACCAAUUUACUUGCCAUCCAAAGUUCAAGAAUGCUGUCAAUGCAAUAUCAUGUAAGGAAUUGAGGUUGGAUCCGAUUGGCAGAGAUAAGAAUGGUUGUGUAUAUUGGCUGCAGGUGGACCAUGAGGCAAAUCUCUGUUUGUAUAAAGAGGAUCAGGAUGAGGAGACAUGGCAACUAGUAGCUAGAACUCGGGAAGAGUUGGUGAAAGUAAUAUCACAAUUGAAAAGUGGUGAGGAUGUGACUCCACUGUUUGCUACUACCACUAAUGUCAAUGAAGACUCCAGUAGUGCAGAGAUUCCACCACAGUUGGAGACAAACAAAUCAGAAGGUGAUGGUGAAGGAGAAAACGAAGAAGAGUUCCUAAGUCCUGAAUCAGAAUCUGAACAUGAAGCUGAUGAACAGAAAACUGAUGAACAGAAAGUUGAAGAACAGAAUGCGGAAGAACAGCAUGCUGAAGAACAUCCUGUACAGGACAUGGUGGAAACUAAACAAGAGGAGCCUCCCAGUAAUACAGAAGAGAAAGAAGAUCCUAUAGAUGAAGAAACAGAGGCAGAAGAAGUUACUGAGAGUAAAGAACAGGUUGUUGAGCCAGAUACAAAAACAAUAGAGGAACAAGAACCAGAAGCAGUUCCUGAACCUGAACCUAAACCUGAUGCUGCACCUGAACCUUUAAAUGCAGAGGAAGAAAAAGCAGAAGCAGAAGUGGAACAUGAAAACCAGCAACCAGCAAAAAGUCCUGAGAAACCAGAGUCUCCAAAGGCAGUAGAAAGUAAUAAAGAAGAAUCAACAGAAGAAAAGCCGACUGAAGAACCAACACCAAGUGAAGAUAUAACACCAGCUGAAGAAAGCAAAGAAGUAGAAAGUGAAAAACUGAAUGAAGAUGAAGUAGGUGAAGCUAUUGAAGAACCAGUAAUGCUGGUCACUGGCGAGGGAAAUGGCGCGGAUUGCGAUAGUUCCUAUAUAAUUGGUGAAGAAAUUUCGGAACCCGUAAUGUUUUUUUAUGGAGAAGGCUGGGGAUAUGACAAUGAUACUGGUAACCCCGAAACCAUAGAACAAGCUCAUAGUCCCGAAGAAAAUUCCACUGAAGAAAAUGGCAAUGAAGAGUGUCUUAAUGGUGAGCAUCCUCACGAACUUUCAAAUUCAAGCAAUAAAAAUAAUUUAGUUAAAAAUGUUAAAUUAAAAAGUGUACCUUCUGUGACGAAAAGAACUUUAAAAAAUCAAUCCAAUGACGAUAGCACAGAGGUGUUAAAUACUGAUUCUAAAAAACAUUGCGUCCGCGACCUAGAUCAAACGGAUGGUAACGCUAAUUCUAAUAAGAAUACAGAAAAUGAAUUAAAAAGAGAAGCUAGUAAUGAUAAAAGUACCACAGAUAGUGAAAGUCCUAAGAAGAAUAAUGCUAAGAAGGGGAGGGGUAAAGUUAAGAAGAAAAGCAAUGUAGCAAGGAAUUUAAACUUAAACAAAAGUACAGAAGUAGUUAACUCAGAGACUGAUAAUUGUCAUGAUAGUAAAACAAGUAUUAUUGAGAAGAGAAAGAGUAGCGUGUCCUCCGUGGACCAAGACGAUACUGUGAACACAGAGAAUGAACAUGAGAAGAGUCCUGACAAAGAGUUAAAAGUAGAAGACCCUUUACCUCCCAAGAAGUUAAGGUUAGAAACCACACCAGAGAGUGACGUAAACACACAUUCCAAUGAAGCAGCCGAUAAUGUAGAGAACAGUGAAACUAAUAAAGACAGUUUGAAUAACGUUGAAAGCAAUGCUAUAGCGCAACGGAAGAAAAUAAAGGCACACAAAGGUAAAUUUAAAAGAAAAAAGAUAGUCAAAAAGGUUGAUGAAGAUGUAGAUAAGAACAGUGACAAAGAAACUAAUGACAAUGGUAAGAAGGAGUGUAAAUCUUUGAAAAGGUCUCUAUUAGAUGCUACGAUGAGCGAUGAUAAGAAUAAAUCCGAAUCUCAAAGCGAAAGUGAAGAUGAUGAACCCAUCACAAGUGGGAAACGUCUUAAAAUUAAACCUAAGAAAAUCAUCACUUCUACCAGAAAAAAAGUGGAAGCCAAACUUCUAGAGAAACAUUCAAGUGACGAAUCUGAGGAAGAGACUCUCUAUAGUAUAGCUGGCAAGAAAACGACAAAGAAAUUAGUUAAAAAGAAAGCAAAGGGGAAGUCUGACAAGGGUAAGUCAAGCAAUGACAAAGGCAAGAGUGGUAGAGGUCGUGGGUCGGACGAUUCUGACGUGGCGCCGAUACGACAGUCGCGGCGGAUCGCACAGAUGAAGAUCAAGGAGGAAGCCGACCGACGGCAUAUGGAGGAAGUCGCGCUGAGGGAACUCAAGAAGAUACAUAAGAAAAAGAACAAAGAAGAAGAGGAAGGCGAGGAGGAGUGGCGUGCCAGUGGAGCGAGCAGCUCUGACGGGGAGCGGCGGCGGCGCAAGUCGCAGUGGCGCUCCGACCACUCCACCGGACCCGAGCCUGACUCCGACUCCGAUGAACCAUUGUUCGAGCUGCAUGAGGAGCCUGAACUUGUUUUCAACAAAUCGGACCAUGAAUUUUCACCGGAAUCUGACUUGGAGAGCGGAGAACCUGUCGGUCCUCUCAAACGAGCUCGUACUUUGCAAGAAAGUAAAGAAGACGCAGACGGUUUCUGCAAGCGUUGCGGCAGUGGCGAGCAACCGGAGUGGAUCCUGCUGUGUGACAGAUGCGACGCCGGGUACCACGCCAGCUGCCUCAAGCCCGUACUGUUCGUCGUGCCCGAGGGGGACUGGUUCUGUCCGCCCUGUAACCAUGACAUGUUAAUAGCAUCGUUAGAAGCAGAACUGGUGAAGUAUGACGAGCUGGUGGUGACAGUGGAAGCGGAGAGGGAACGGAAGAAGCUUGAGGAACCGGAGCCCAAGAGUGAGAAGGAGUCAGAAGAUGAGAAGGAAGCUCAGAAAGAAGAGGAUGAUGAUGAUAAAUCUAGUGACGGCAGCGGCAGCAGCGAUUGGUCGUCGACGUCGUCGUCGGGCGCCGUGUACCGGCUGCGCGCGCGCCGCCAGCUGCCCGUCAGCUACCGCAGCCAGGAGUACGACCGGCUCAUCAGCUCCGCCAUCAAGGAGGAAUACGUAGAAGCUACAACAAGCGCGGGUAACCAGGGUCGAGGCAAGGACAUAUCAACCAUAAUUGAGGCAGCUGAAGAAGAGAAGAUGAAGGCUGAGCGAGAGGCUUUGGAACAGGGCAAACCGAUUGAGAGAAAAACAAAGAAGAAACAACGUCGGAAGCCGAGGAAGCUGAACUCCUUGGAGGUACCUUCGGAGGACGAUGACGAAACCGAUGAAGACUUCAAAGAUACUGGUGGUUUAAGUAUGUCGUCUUCCGAGGACAUAUCGUCGUCGAACGACCGAGGCAGCUCCAGUGAUUCCAGGUCCUCGGACUCGCUGCCUAUCCGACGGACAUGCAGAUCUGAUAAGAAAGGCGAACGUACGAAACUGACGGAAUCUUCGCCAGAAGUGAAGAAGAAGAAGAAAGGCCAGUUCGACGACAGUUCCAGUGAAUCAGCCGGCGCCAAGGAAUGGUCAUCCAAAUCUAAGUCAAAAUCAAAAUCCCGACCUCCGAAGGCGAAGCGGCGCGAUAAAUCAAAGAAGAGACGUAAGCGCAGUGGUUUGACGCAGUACGAUGCGGAAGGUAACGUGAUCCGUGCCCGGGUCACGUACGGGGGUCUUAGUGGGGAUGACGGGGUCAACGAUUGGUCCCCCAAGCACAGAACGAGGCAGAAGAAGAUUAAUUAUACUGAGAUGCCCAAUACAGAGUCUGAGGAUGAAAUGCACAAAUCAAGCGGCAAACACAUGCCGGACAGCUCAGACGAGUACAAAAUCGACACGGACGCAACAACGGACUCUGAUGAUGAACGGGCUAAACGCAAGAAGGCAGAAGAGGAAGAAAUAGACCAGUCUAGCGAGGAGAAGAGGAAGGCUCUCAGUGACUUGAUCAAGAAGACCGCUGUGGUACCGCUUGAGAAGUUACCUGAAGAUGUCACCAAGGCUAAGACUGAGGAGUUACAAGCGCAUCUCAGUAAGUUGUAUGCCCAAGCAGCCCUAAGCGCGCGUCCCGCCCGCGGUCGAGGCAGUCGAGGCGGUCGCGGUAGCAGUGAUGUUUACGGCAGGGGCCCGCGUGGAGGCCGGGGCCGCGGCGGGGGCCCGAGCUCGGGGCCCAGCACGCCGGCGGCGGGGGAUGCACCCGCCAGUGACGACGCACUCGCUAAACUUAUCGGAGUCAAAAUUAAAGAUCUCAGAACGGACGGCUCACCAAUGAAACCUAAUCAAGUGGAAAGGGAGAAAAAGCGACAAGAACGCGAAGCGAAACGAGCCGAGCGUGAAGCGAAGAAAGUGGAAAGAUUACAAAAGAAAGAAGAAAAAGAGAAGAUGAAAGAAAUGAAGGCUAAAGAACGGGAGGAGAAGAGACUCGCGCGACUAGCCAUGCAAGAGAACAAGAGAAUUAAGAAGGAGAAAAUGGAGUUCCCUGUUGGUCCUCCUAUGUCGUACGGUGGUCCUGGUGGCCCCGGUGUUCCAAUCGGACCUGGUGGACCCAUCGGACCUGGUGGACCAGGUGGGUCUGGCCCAAGGCCGCAUGGCUUUGGACCCUCACCGCACAUGCCUAACGAUUUCCAUGAACAACCACGGUUUCCUACCACACCGAGGCUACAGGUCCGUGCGGAGCUCCGCGGAGUACUGACGGGCGACGAGCGACAACUGGCGCGCCCCGACCAUGGCGCCGCGCUCAGGGAAGGUACGCUUUCAGUAGCCGGGUCGCCGCAGCCGUUCAAGCCGAUCACGGAGGAGCCGAGCAUCAUCACGCGGAUGCCGCAUAUGAUCAACCAGCAAUACAGGGGUCCGAUGAUGUACGGCGGCGGCGCGUCGUACGGCGGGCGCGGGCAGCCCGUGUCCAUGUACCCGCUGCACCCCGCGCUGGGCGCGCGACACUACUACCGCCCGCCGCAGCAUGGACCCCACGGCGCAUACCCGCGCCCCUACACCGACCCCGGCGCCGCGCGACCCCACCACAUGCAUGGGGGACCGCCCGGACACGGCGCCAUGCCACCCGGGCACGGACCGCCCACCAGCACGCACGGACCUUCAGGCCACGGCCCGUCCCCUCCUGGUCAUGGCCCUCCUCCUGGCCACGGCCCUCCCCCUGGUCACGGGCCACCACCCGGCCAUGGCCUUCCUCCUCCUGGUCACGGCCCACCUCUUGGUCACGGUCCGUCUCCUGGUCACGGACCCUCACCCGGGCACGGGCCUCCCCCCGGCCAUGGCCCCACUCCCCCAGGCCACGGGCUCCCUCCCCACGGGCCCCCGCACCCCGGCCACGGGCCGCUCGGCUUACAUCGACCGCACGCACCCGGCCCACCCGGGGCGAUGCCUCCUACUUCAAGCCCACACGGACCACCAAACUCUGGCCUGGCAGGCCCCGGCGGACCACUCGCUAUACUCCGCGGUAUGGCUCCAGGUUUAGUGGGUCCCCUCGCCGGGGCACUACAAGGUCGCGAACCACCUUCAGCAUCACCGUCAGCUCCCCCGCGGUCUACGCCACCAGCAGAACAUGAGCCGCCUGUGCGAAUUAAGGCAGAAGUUAAAACUGAACCAGAAUACAAUUCCCCUGCUGGAUCACCCGCGCGGGAACCCACCCCGCCACGUGACGAGCCACCCAGACAUCCCAAAAUAAAACAUACAGAGAACAAAGACCGGCGACCGAGGUACCCGCUCGGGCCGUACGCGCCGCAGUAUGGGCCUUACGGUCCGUAUGCACCAGGCCCUGGGCCAGCUGACCGUCCGGGGCCACCUGGACCUCGCGGGCCUCCUCCGCUACACAACCCUUAUGCAACUGAAGCACGACCUCGGAGUCCUGCGUCUUUAGAGAGACCGCAAUCUCUGGAGAGGCCUCAUUCACUAGAGAGGCCACACUCUUUAGAAUCACCUGCCCACGGACCCCCUGCACAUGGCCCACCCACGCACGGGCCGCCUCCACACGGGCCCCCUACACUGGGGCAGCCACCGCACGGACCCCCCGCGCAUGGCCUGCCAGCACAUGGCCCCCCUCCGCACGGGCCUCCAGUGCACGGGCCGCCAGCGCACGGGCCGCCUGCGCAUGGACCCCCAGCACACGGACCCCCUCCUCAUGGGUCGCCAGUGCAGGGGCUUCCUACGCACGGGCCACCUCCUCAUGGUCCGCCAGCCCACGGGCCCCCUACACACGGGCUGCCUCCGCACGGCCCCCCUGCACAUGGUCCGCCAGCGCACGGCCCUCCCCAUGGGCCAGUGCCCCCCGGGCCGGGUUUCCUAGCCGCGCACCUGCGGCCGAUGUUACGUCCGCCGUACGUGGCGGUGGCGGCGGGGCGCGGCAGCCCGGUGGGCGCCCCCUUCGCGCCGCAGUUCAGUGAAGUAGCGCGGACGUCGCCCGGCGCGCGCGACGAGCUGGGCGCGGCGCCGCUGGUCACGGUGAAGACGGAGGCCGGCGUGGGCCCCCCGCGGCCGGAGGGGGAGGGCGCGGAGGGGGGCUCGGUGUUCGGCGGGCUGGUGAGCUACUUCUCCAGCCAGCACGAGGACGACAUGGACGCGUGACGGACUGUACAUAUGACACCGAGCGAUAGAUAAUUAUAUAUUUAUGCGCCGCGCGCGGCGGCUCGCCCUGUACGAUAUUAUGUGUUAGCGUAGGAGAUUUAGUUUAGCGAUAGGAAGUAAAUAUUAUAUAUUUUGAGUCUUUUUGGUCUCGAAUAGGCGAAUGUAUUAUUAUUUUGGUUAUGUUUAAGUGAGAUUUAUUUAUAUACGACCGAUAGGUACUUACAGUAUACUCUGAAUACGAAUUUUAUUAAAGAGAUCGACGACAUUUUUUUUGAAAAAAUAAAUGUUUUCUCCUACAA